AUGGAGCGCGAACGACAAAGGCUCGGCCGACUCUUGGCCGCCGCCGCUGCUGCUGCCGCUUCUGGCCUGGGGCUGGGUGUGGGUGUUGGAGAAGAGGUGCUUGUCCCGAGUGUCUUCCAGCUCCCAAGCGGCGAUGACGGCACUGGCGACCUCUCGCUGCGCCUCAGGAGGCGUCCAGGGCUCCAAAGAGGGGCAACAUGGGCAGGUCAGCGACGCGCGAGGCCGUCACUGGGCGACGUGAGGCGGUCAUGUGGCUGGUGAACUCGAAAUCGAUGGCCGUCACGUCGAAGCGCGCCACAUCCCCCUCCACCAGACGCCGGGAGACGAGGAAACGGGUUGGCGUCUCCGUGGAUGUAUCCACACUCUUGCAGGCGGUGAAGGGUCUUGAGGGCAGCGAUGGCGACCUGCUGGAAGUGGCGCCCCUCGCAUGGCCAGCACCUCGAGCGUGCGCUUGAUGCGCUGCAGCCGCGCGUCGGUGUCGACGUCCUCGUUGGCGCGGACCUUGUAGAGGUCGAGCACCCUCCUUGUUCACCAGCGUCGUGUCGGGACAGCCCUACACAAGCACAACAAACAGGUCAACGACUGUUCUGCCUUCCUGCCUGCCUGACUAUGCAGGCAUAUCCCUUUUUCUCACUUACCGCCCACUUGACGACAUACGUGUUGCCUUCCCUCUCACACAGGACGAGUCUGACCUCCUGCAGUCACGACAAAAAUGCCAUCAAGAUGGAUGCCUCGUCGAAUCUCGAUCUCGUAGUCAGCCUGCCCCUCGGGUCACGCUUGAUGCGCUCGGUCAUGCUCUGUGUCAGCCUGCAGCUCGUACGCAGGCGCCGCCUCUGGUCACACACAUACAGAUCAUCAGCCGCUUGUAUGUGUCGUGGGCCUUCGUACCUUAUCGAAGAACUUGUCGUAUCUAGCAGGCUCGCCGAGCAGCUCCGCCAUGCUAUGCGGUG